ACAAGAUGGCGUUUGGUGGAAACGUGUGUUAGCAGAGUGUCUUUGUUGUGUUUUUAAAGUGUGAACAUGUCUAAAGUCCAAAUGCUGAGAUCGUUGGUGAAGCAGCGACUAACUGCGGCUGCUGAAGAGAUAUUUGGGCUGGUUGAAAGAACGAUAGCAGAGUACGAGGAGGAACUUUGUCGAUCAAAAGAGGAGAACGAGCGACAACGGAAACUACUGGACGCUGUUUUCAAUCCUCAGCUUCGGUUACACAGAACAGAUGUCCAGCAGCUGUUGGUGGUUAAAGAAGAGAUUCCCCCUGAGCAGCAGGAGUGGAGCUCCAGUGUGGACCAGGAGGACCCAGAGCCUCCACACAUUAAAGGGGAACAGGAGGAACUCUGGAUCAGUCAGGAGGGAGAGCAGCUUCAAGGGCUGGAGGAGGAUGAUAUCACCAAGUUCACAUUCACUCCUGUCCCUGUGAAGAGUGAAGAUGAUGAAGAGAAACCUCAGUCCUCACAGCUUCAUCAAAGACACACUGAGCAGAUGGAAACAGAGGGAGAGGACUGUGGAGGAGCAGAACCAGCCAGGAACUCAGAUCCAGAUACACAUUUACAACCAGAGACUGAUGACAAGACUGGAGCAUCUUCUGAACCUGAGACUGAUGACAGUGAUGAUUGGAAGGAGACCAGAGAACCUCAGUCAGGUUUAAUUUCUCUGAAAAAUGAUGAAGUCUCUGUCAGUGAUUUGAUUGCUGGUGAGAAACCAUUUAGAUGCUCUGAGUGUGGGAAAAGAUUUGGUCGAAAUCAUCAUCUGAAGGACCACAUGAGAUCUCAUACAGGAAAGAAACCAUUUAACUGCUCUGAGUGUGGGAAGCUAUUCAGUCGCAGUGGAGUCCUGAAGAUACACAUGAGAUCUCAUACAGGAGAAAAACCAAUUAACUGCUCUGAGUGUGGGGAACAAUUUAGACACAGUGGAAUUUUGAACACACACAUGAGAUCUCAUACUGGAGAGAAACCAUUUAGGUGCUCUGACUGUGGGAAACAAUUUUGUUACAGUGGAGGUCUUAAGAUACACAUGAGAUCUCAUACAGGAGAUAAACCAUUUAGAUGCUCUGAGUGUGGGAAAGGAUUUAGUCACAGUGGAGCUUUGAAGAUACACAUGAAAUGUCAUACUGGAGAGAAACCGUUUUGCUGUCCCGAAUGUGGGAGAGGAUUUCGUGAAAGAGGAAAUCUGAAAAUACACAUGAGAUCUCAUACAGGAGAGAAACCAUUCAGCUGCUCUGAGUGUGGGAAAAGUUUUCGUCAAUCUCAACAUCUGAAGAAACACAUGAAAUGUCAUGCAGUAGAGAAACCAUUCAGCUGCUAUAAGUGUGGGGAAAGAUUUGAUGACAGUGGAGUUCUUAAGGUACACUUGAUGUGUCAUACAGGAGAGAAACCUUUUAUCUGUUCAAUUUGUGGAAUGUCAUUUAGUCAAAGUGGAAAUUUCCUUGGACACAUGAGAGCUCAUGAAGGAGAAAAGUGAUUCAGCUUUCCAGUUUGAAAAAAACAAAUAAACCCUAAAACUUUUAUUUGGGAUAAAAUUGUAACAGCAACCAUGAGAACUCAUACAGGACAAAGACUUUUCAGCACCAGGGUUUGUAUGAACUCUUUAACACAGACUGGACAGUUACACAAACAUGUGAAAACCUGUACGGGAGAGAAACCUUUAUCUGCAUUGUUUGUCACCACGAAAGAUUCACUUGGCGGGGCAUCGGUGGCUUCGCCCCAAAAAAUAAUCUUUAAAAAAGAUUCACUUGGCCUGAACAACUCUGAAACCAUUAGUGUGCUAUUGGUCAGUCCUGUAACAGCCUCAUCAAACACAAACUGAGGAGAGCACAGAGGCAUAGCCUCCAGCCAGCAGCUCAGCUCCACAGAUGGAAACAGAAGUUGAAAGAGAGGACUCUGGAGGACCAGAAUCAGCCAGAUACACAUUUUCAACGUGAGACUGAUGACAAGAUGGAAGACUCUCCUGAUCCUGAGACGGAUGACAGUGAUAAUGAUUGGACGGAGAACAGAGAACUGCAGUCAACUUUAAACUCUCUGGGUUUAUCCCAAUAUCCCUCCUCGACUCCUCCGUCCUCUACUCUUGAUUACUUGACCCGGAAAUCGAUCGAUACCCACCAUCUUGUAGGAGGUUUCAGUUCGUUAAAUGUACUCCGAGGAGAUAGGAGGCUUUCAGGGGAGAGGGAAGCAAGGAUACAUGAGUGCAGCCUUCGCGGCAGUCUUUUACCAAACGACACACCACCCUGAUUAGAUAUCAGUUAUUGAUUGGACAGCUGAUCAGACUGAUCUGAUACACCCCAGCAUCACUCUAGUUUC